UUACCGUCGUUCAUAACGACGCAUAGAUUCGGCGAAACGUUUCGUUUGUGCAUCGAUUGUCUGACUGCACUUACUGUUGAAAGACUGUUCUACGUACAGUCUGUGUCUGGGUUACUCUCAGGUCUGCUAAGGCGCAGUAAAGUCCGGGAGUGGAGUCAUCACGGUUACCAAGGUGCUUUUGACGAGAUGUCUUCAGAAGCGAAGGAUGACACCGUGCGCCAGGUGUGCACAAUAUGUUUGACCUCUCACGUGACGAAGAUAGUUGGGACAUGUCAGCAUGCCUUCUGUACAACCUGCCUUUCGAAGCAUCUGAAAGGUAUUGGUGAAGACAGCAAGACCUUCCUUUGCCCCACAUGUAAGUCGGAGUACCCAGUACCAGCAAGCGGAGUAAGUGGCUUUGUCGACUGCUCUGAAGAUGGCCAGACAAUGGUAAAACCUGUGGCGGCUGAGGGGGCGAGUCUACAAGAGAAAUCUUCGAAGUGUUUAAGCUGCUUCUACAGAACGGAAGACUCGGUACAAGCCAAGAAUGUUUGCAUUGCCUGCGGCGAUAUGAUACUGUGUGAUGCCUGUACCCAAGUUCACCGCGAGAAUAAAGUCACCAAAGACCAUGUUAUUUUCCCUUUGGACUGGUCGAGCAGGACAGAAGAGAUUCGCUGCGAGGCACAUGGGCUGUUAGCUAAGGACUUCUGCUUUUCCUGCUCGAAACAGGUCUGCACUCUAUGCGUCCAAUUGGCACAUGGGAACCACAAGGUCCGAAAACUUGACGAAGUUUUCCUUGAAGUAACGGAGGAGGUGAAAACCAUUACUGAAGAACAGAGAAUAAGGCUGAGCAGAUUGCGACACGUUGGCGAAGAGCUGAAGGUCUUGAAGAUAUCGGCCACGGAGCACAUGGACUCCAUUUUGAGAAAAAUUGAGGAGGAGGCUGAACAUCGAAUGGGGCAAAUAUUACGACAGAAAGAAGCUUUGGAGAAACAAGUGAGGAACGAAUUUAAAUGCGUUGAUGAGGCGAUGAUGUACAUGUACACAAUACCCGACCUCGUAGAGAGAAUAGAAGCAACUGUUGCCGACGCCGACAAGUUGUUGGCAGAACCAGCCAUAGGUGUUGCUGAAUUGGAAAAGAUUACGACAUUGCGAGAGAGCAUGAUGACGUAUGGAAACUUUGCAGAUCAGAUUGACGACGAGAGCCUUUGGGACAAGUACGAAUUCCUUCGCCAGAGCCUUGACUUCGUUCCCGAUACUGACAAAUUUAGCAUUGGCAAUAUCUCAGCGAGAAAAGCAUAUAGCAUUAAUGCGUGUCGUUUAGUGCACGAGCAUGAUUGUAAAGUAGAUGACCCCGCUGAUGUUAUCCCUUGCGUGGCCAUUGUUGGCUCGAAAUAUGCUGUGGCUCACCCAACGAGUGCAGACAGACCAUCGACCGCCUUUGAUGUCUAUGCAAUCCCAGGAACCUACGAACGAACCAUUACAGAACACGUUUCUCCCUUGUACGGUAUGACUGCAACCCCCGACGGAAAAGUAGCCAUCUUAUCCGAUGGCUCAUCUCCCGAUGAUUCCUGCAGCAUCCGCAUCUUUGAUACCGAAGCAGGCUACGUGAGAUCGAGUUCUGACAUCAAGAUCAGGGGACAUGUUGCAUUUGACGUCAAUAUGCGUGGUCAGUACGUCAUUCUUAGCAAGGAAGACCGGUAUAUGGUGACAGUUGUCAGGGAUGAUGGCACGGUCGUCCUUUCGCAUGACAUCGACCACCUGGAUGGUCCUCGGCGCAUCGCUGCUGUUGGAAGCUUUUACUACAUCAUGAGUCUGACCAGAGUAGCCGCGUAUAGGCAUAAAAAGGGUUUUAUGCAAUACAUCACUCAAUGCAAUCGGAGAUGGCAAGAACCCCCCCCACACCGGCGACAUUUCAGGGUUUUGGGCCAAUGGGAUCACGACUGCCUGCUUAUAUUCGACAUCAAGCAGCUUCGGUCCACCCCGUCUUGCAUUUGAGCGUACCUCGCUUAAAUCCGCUGAGGGUACGUUUGUCGAUUUUGAAAAAAAAAAAGAGGGGAUUACCCUCAAGGGGUCAAACUGUGCCAUGGUCAACCUGUCGGUUAGUGGCACCAAUAUUGUUGCAUCCAUUGGCAACAGUGUGAAAGUGUUUGAUGAAGAAUGCUAAAGAGACAAGGCACUAACAAUUGGACCGUACCUGUACCACCUUGUUAUUUAUCGUGAAUGCUCGACGUGGAUAGCUGAGAGUAUAAAGUUAGUCACGUUCAGGAAACGAACAAGACACGUGGAUACGGACGGGUGGAAAUUAACAUCGCAAAAGGCAUAACGAGAACAAAAAAAGAAACCAUCCCCAUCGAGUGAUGGAUUCUGCUGUGAUUAAUCGGCUCUUUCUAUGGAGUGUCUAUGGUAGUAUUAAAUACCGAAGUAAAAAAAACCACGAAAACUGACAGAAUAUUUUGCCGCUAUGAUCUAUGUGAACGGGCCAAGCCGGUCUACUCUUUACAAACUAAACAAAAGAAUG